AUGGAGAGGGGCAAUCACACAGUGACUGGCUUCAUCUUGCUGGGCUUCUCAACAGACCCAGUAAUGCAGAAGAUACUGUUUGUCAUGUUCCUUGGAGUAUAUUCCCUGACAUUGCUAGGAAACACCACCCUCAUCAUAUUGAUCUGUAAUGACUCCAGGCUCCACACACCCAUGUAUUUCUUCAUUGGAAAUCUGUCAUUUCUGGAUCUCUGGUAUUCCUCUGUCUAUACUCCAAAGAUCCUAGUGACCUGCAUCUCUGAAGACAAAAGCAUCUCCUUUGCUGGAUGUCUGUCUCAAUUCUUCUUCUCUGCUGGAUUGGCCUAUAGUGAAUGUUACCUACUGGCUGCCAUGGCUUAUGAUCGCUACACCGCCAUCUCUAAUCCCCUGCUUUAUGCUCAAGCUAUGUCACGAAGGUUGUGUGUCUGUUUGGUUGUAUAUUCCUAUACAGGAGGAUUUGUCAAUGCAAUAAUAUUAACUAGCAACACAUUCACAUUGGACUUUUGUGGUGACAAUGUCAUUGAUGAUUUUUUCUGUGAUGUCCCACCUCUGGUGAAGUUGGCAUGUGAUGUCAGGGAGAGUUAUCAGUCUGUGUUGUACUUCCUCCUAGCUUCCAAUGUCAUUUCUCCCACUCUUCUCAUCUUAACCUCCUACCUCUUCAUCAUUGCUGCCAUCCUGAGGAUCCGAUCCACCCAGGGUCGUCUCAAGGCCUUCUCCACCUGCUCAUCUCACCUCAUCUCUGUGACCUUGUACUAUGGCUCCAUUCUCUACAUCUACUCUCGGCCAAGUUCCAGUUAUUCCUUGGAAAGGGAUAAAAUGGUGUCUACCUUUUAUACUGUGUUAUUCCCCAUGUUGAACCCCAUGAUCUACAGUCUAAGGAAUAAAGAUGUAAAGGAAGCUCUGAGAAAACUCUUUAAGUUAGCUGCUCCUGAAGUCUAA